CCACUCCCUGGAGCCCUGGGAACGGUCAAAGUGCACAGCGACACGGGGGUGGGAUCGUGAGGAUACGAAGCCCGUAUAAAAAUAUCUUCCUUUCUAACAAGGCGCUGGAUUUCUUCUUUAUAGAGAGAAGAGAUUUCUUUCUAUCGCUGAGAAGAGAUUUCCUCCUAUACCAGAGAGCUGUCUUCGCCUGGCCUCCCCACCUCCUGAUGGGUUUUAUGGUGUAGCUGCAGCGGAGACGGACCAUAGCUCUGUGAUCUGCGGGCCAGAGGCUCGGCCAGUUGAUAAUCAUGCCCCGCUCGCGUGUCGGCGCCCCAACGACGAAGCCCAACCGCAACCUGGUCUUGCUCACGUUGGUCCUCCUGGACCUCCUGACUGUGUGCACUCAUGCUAAAGCGGGUUUUGCAGUUCUCACCGUACCCCAGGGGGUGAGCCUCACGAGCAACGCGCCCGCACGGCAGCUCACCGUAUCCUGGUCGGGAGGAGCCGCCACGAGCUUUGACAUCAUCAUCCUGAGAACCGAAUUCAAUGAAACUGUCUUCUACGAGACGAUUUCUGUAACGGCGAAUCCGGGGAGCGGCUUGCGCCAGUGGAACUGGACCUCAGUGGAACCUCUGGAGUGUACCUCGCUGUCGGUCAGAAUCCGCUCAAGAGAUGGACAGGCAACAAGUCAAUGGAGCAAAGCUGCAAUACUUCCAGGAAAAGAUCUCCCCACCAAUGAAGCAUUUGCAAUAUACCCCCAGGAACUGAUUUUGCCCGUGGGGACCAACAUCACCUACUGCUGCAUUGUACCAGAGGGGAAGACCUUCAGGGAAAUCAUGUACGGCGCAAACAACGUGAGUGCAACGCGGCUGAGCAGGCGAACUUAUGCCACUACGCUGGUUAACCUGGAGCCGUCUGUCCCCCCGGGCGCCAACGUCGUUUGCCGGUUGAAGCAGCCGAUAGAAGAAGCGACGCAACUGGCUGGAACAGUCAUGUUUGUUGGAUAUGCUCCUCUGCUCAGUGAUUUCACAUGUGAGACUCAGGACUUAACCACAGCCGUGUGCCGCUGGAAUGAAAGACGACACACUAACUUGUAUGGCAAACGACAAACACGCUACUUUGUAAACAACAGAAGCUGUGCUGGGAUAAACCCCCUGUCGAAAUGGAAGGAGUGGCAGGCGGGCGAGUGGGAAGGUAACUGGACACUGCUUGCCGUGAAUCCCCUCGGUCAGUACAACCUCACCGACUCUGCCGAGCUCAGUCACAGAGUGUGUCCGGUAGCGCCAGUCGGCCUGAGCGCCGUGGCGCACGCCUUUAACGCCACCGUGCUGUGGCAGUGGAAAUACGACGGCUAUUCCUCCCUCGCUCUUGUCUGCGAGGUAGAGCUCACCACUCAAGACAACGACAAAGUGAAGAGUAACUUCUCCGGUGUGGGGCUGCGGUCUGUGGCUCUGUCUGGCCUGCAUGCUGACGAGAUGUACAAGAUUCAAGUGCGCUGCGGUGCCCAGCAGAAUUUCUGGAAGUGGGGAAGUUGGAGCAAACUUUUCACCUUCAGAACCAAAAGAUAUGUUCCAGAUGCCCCUGACGUGUGGAUGAGGAUGAACAAAGACUACACCGGACAGGUCUUUUGGAAGCCUCUGACACGAAGGCAGAGCCAUGGUCAGAUCACAGGUUACGAAGUUACUUUCUGGAACCCUGAGGAGAAUCCACAGCACACAGAAAUCCUGUCACCGGACACUCACACGGUGUCGGUCAAUCUCACACAGAUGGCUUCCUUCAGCAAUGACCACGCGGUCAUAGCAUCUGUCGUUGCGAAGAACAUUGAAUGGGAGUCUCAACCUGCAAGUGUAGUUCGACGUUUGAGAGAAGAGGAGCCUCUUGCUGUGUCCAGGGUUGUUUAUACAGAUCACGGUUUCCCUCUGUUCUGGCCGAGCAACGUCAGCACAGCCGACUGCAGUUACGUGGUGGAGUGGCAUAAUGACUCCUGUACGUAUAACUGCCCUGUGGAGUGGGUCAAGGUGGCCGCUGGGAGCACUAAUGUCUCCAUCGAGUCAGAUCACUUCUGGCCUGGUGUGAGAUACAACUUUACUCUGUACGGCUGCCCCUCGGAUUCUUCAGAACUCCUGCACCGUUGGCAGGGAUACGCGCAGGAGCUGGUGCCUUCCAGCUCCGUCCCCCUGUCAAGCCGCCAGGAGGGCUCCAAUGUCGUCCUCACCUGGGGAGAGAUUCCACUCAGGGACAGGAAGGGCUUCAUCCUGGGCUAUAAUGUUUACAUCAACAACGGCUCACAGCUCACACUUCUAGCCAAUCUGCCCGACCAAGCAGCGAGGAACUACAAAGUGAAGGGGCUCUCUGAUGACUCCUAUAAAUUUACUGUUAAGGCCUACACCUCAGCGGGCGAGGACACGGGCACCACUGUCUCCAUAGAGCUGGAGCCGUACAGUGACGGACUGAUUUUUGAAAUCCUCGCUUCUCUGUCAAUCGUGACAUUAUUGCUGAUCAUCGUCACCUUCUUUUGCUACAAGAAAAGACAAUGGGUGAAAGAGGCAUUGUAUCCAGACAUACCUGAGCCCAAGCUACCUAAUGAUUGGUCCAGGACACAGCGGCCGCUGGACGUGAAGCCGUCUCCCCACAGCAUGGUUCACGUCGUGGGAAAGCAAGAGUGGGAUUCUAGCAAGGAAGCGCUUGUCGUUAUUCCCGAAGAAGACGAGGACGAUGAAGGGCAGGGGAUGGGAGACGAGCCGCUUGACACGGACGAGCCCACGUCACUACGCUACUACAACCAGGUGAUAGACGAGCGGCCCAUAAGGCCGCGUUUCCCGGACUCCUCCGAUUCCUCCGCGUCGUCUUUGGAUUCUGCAAACACCGACGUGACGUACACAGGGAUCCAAACCUCGGGGUCUUCACUGGUCUUCCAGUUGGAUCCGCAGGGCUACUCCGAGGCCCAACAACCCCACCCAGAUCAGCCCGUCAGCUGUGGAGACGGAGGAGGGGGUUACCGGCCCCAGAUGCAGCCGAAAGAUGCGAGCGAUGACACGGGUCUAGCUUCGCCUGAGCCCUUCCUAGAGCCCCAGGCGUCCAGUGCCGGCGGCUACAAACCUCAGAGCUCUUGGCAGCUGGACUCCCCCGCUGAGGACGGGGAAAGGUGCAGCUUGGCACCCUCGCUUGGGUCGCCCACCUCCGUCGCCUCCACUCAGUUCCUCCUCCCCGACGGGGAUCAGUCCGAGGAGGAGAAGCGGCAGCAGCCGUCAUCUGCAGCGACCUGGUUCACCAAUCUGCUGUCAUCCUCAAAACCGUGAUAUCAUCUCUCUCACUGCUGGCAGCCAGUCCAGGGGGUUAGUGUAACGCUCUAUUAUUCAUCAUUGUUACCAGUGUCAUGUAUCAACAUACCUAACCUGCACGGUCUGGUAGAUUGAUGUAGCACUACGCUCUUACAGUUCAAUUGGCAGAGGGUUAAUAAUAUUUUUUAAACAUACAGAAGUGCGUGUUGUUCUCUCGUCCAUGGAAAUAUGAGAGAUCAAAUCUGUAUAUUUAUAUAUCAAAACAUUUCUAUUCCGACAAGAAAUCUCUUGCAAAGAUUUCUUAAUACCUCUUUCAUCUGUAUUUAUUGCGCCCCCUGGUACUGUGGUGGCUGCCAGGUUCCGCUCACUGCCUUUUUUUCUGUGAUACGCUGUAACGGGCAUUUUGUGAAGGCACACCUGCGUUUCAGUUGUCGGCAUGUCCGCGGUUUUCAACUUGCAUUUCAGAUGUUUUUAUCGAAUUUGUUUUGCGUCAUGAACUUCACCGCACCGCAGAAGAAAACUGGCAGGAAAAGAGCGGGAAAAAUGCAAAGAACGUUACUGGACGACCGCUGCAGAAGAACAAUUUCAAUACAUGGACGCUAAGUGGAGGGGAAAAUGUCCUUCACGCUACACUGUCCAUCAUGUCUUGUGGUGAUCUUGCCUGCUUUAUGAUAGCCUAUGGCUGUGUGAAAGGAGAAAAAGAAAAGAAAAGAAAAAAAAAAGAUGUUCCCAUAUAUACAGAUUUUAUUUUUCACAUACAGGUAACUAUGAGAUGUCAAUGGAAACAUGAACCUAUGAGUCAUUAUUUUACACAGAUACAGGAGUGGUGCUUUCUGUUAAAGUCUGGAACCGUGUGGGUGAUGAGCCCAUUGGAUUAUACACUGAUAUAAGCUAGAAGACAAAUAAUUACUCUGGUGUAAUUUAAUGAACAAAUACUACUAUGUUACUUUUUAAAAUGUUUUUAUUUUGUCUUCCUUAACCAGUAGAGUUUAUUUUUCUGUACUUUUAGUUUGUUAUUACGAGACGCUUUUCACCGUCAGGCCAGUUUCCUUUUGUUUGCUAUGUGUCGUACGUCGCCCUCGAGUUGAUUACUUUUUAGUGAACUUGUGUGGGUAAUGAUUAAGUGAUGAUCAGUUUUUAAUUUGCCUUGAUAAAGCUUCCAGUGAUUUGCCCCCACCGUGUCACAUAUCACACACUGCCUUAAUCUGACCUGUUUGCUAAAGGAUGUCUUGUGGCAGCGCAGUCCACAACUGAUAAGAAAUGCACGAACAUAUAGAUUCCACUGGCACGGAGUGUAAUGUGCAAAGGAUAUUUGUUUUAUCAAUUUGCGUUAAGGAGUUGGGCCGACUGCUUUUUAUGCAAAUGCAAGUCUUCUGCGUUUUCUCCAUUUUCUUCAUUUUCAAGAGAAUUAUAUUUGAUUUUCUCUGUUUUUUAGGGAGAUUUUAUGUUACACUAAAUUUUAUUUCUUUUGUUUUUUUGUUUUUUUGCCUUCUUUUCUUUAAAUAUGGCCUUUUUUUUAUUGCAACUUUGUCCCGAAACCACCUUCAAAGUUUUACGGUUGGAAAAAAGGGACCAAGGUGAUUAUUUACAAUUUACAGAAAUCCUACCAUUUGGCUUUUGUUUACUAAAACAUUUGGGAAAACUACCUUGACAGCACUUGAUCUUGUCCAUUGUGAUUGAGAUCACUCGGGUUCAGUGUGUGUGUGUGUUUGUGUGAGUGUUGAAGUUUGCCCGUCAGGUCGAGGCUUCCCAAAAGUAUCUAUAUGCAAGGCUUAUUGAUUGACACACUACUCCAGUAAACAGGCCAUUUUUAUUUUCUCCUCAGGCCCGGCUCGCCCGUGUGGCAGCCUGUGGUCUACUGGUUCUCAGUGCCUCCAGCCGACAAGCUUUAAGUAAAACUACUGUGACAUUAAUUAAUGACGUAUACGAGCUACGAUAAAUAUCUUUACAGAUGAACUGGUAAUGGGGGAGGGAGUCGGUCCUCUUUGACUACUGAGAAAAGUAUACCUUCUCCUUUCUUUGUCUUUCUAGAGCUGAUCUCGAAUUUAUUCGUGGGAAAAAUAAAGAAGCCUUUUUUAGCCAGUCAAGUUGAAUAAGAGUGAGCCACCGACAUAGCUGUGCAUGAGAUCAGCAAUUGCUUCAGGGCAGUUGUAAAGGGUGGAUGUAGUUUUGAGUAUUUAAACCUGGCUGCGGAUUGUUUUCCUUUGAGGCGUGCUUUGUUGUGCGACCAGGGCUUUGAAGAUGCGUCACAUGGUAUAUGUUACAUGAUUUAUGUUGAUUUGAAUCAACAAAAUGGCACCUUUUUACUUUUUUCUUUUUUUAAUGCAAACAACUGUACAUAAUUGUAAUUUUACUUGUGUGCUCUUUACAGUACAAAAUCUUUUGUUGCUUUACAUUAGAUGGCAUUAUAUUCCCUGUACUAUAAGGCUGACUAGCCAGUUUUCGUGACGGAAAUUAAGGCACUGUUUGUGUUGAUAACAGCAGAUAUGCAGUAGAAUUCUAUUAAAAAUAUAAAACUAGUCGUGCUCUAAAACACGUGGCAGUAGCGUUUCUGAAAUGUAAGCUGAACUCGAAUUUUGUUUUUGGUGUUGCUUAAUUUGCAUUGCUACCUUAUCGUGGCAGCAUCGCUUUGCCAGAUAAAGUAUCAACAGAGCCAGAGUACUCAGUGUGUACUCACCUGCUGGCAUGCGGUUUUCCCUUUCAGUGUGUGACCGUUUUUCCAUCCUCCGCCCACGCUUUUAGUCAGAUCCUCUGUUUUCUCCCAUCUGUGCAACAGUCUAAACAAUUGCCACAUAUUCAUUUCUGGCCUGGCCCUUGAUGGUUUUGUGAAAUUGAUGCAUGCUGUAUAAAACUAAAACCCUAUGCUUAUGUUACGCUAUGGCUUUAAAACACUAACACUGACACUAAUGUUGCGCAUGACAACACGACUGAAGUAUUGUGCAUUUGAAAUCUCGUCUUCAUCUCUGAAAAUGCUUUAAAGUUUGUGAUAUUUUGCAGAUUAUUUUAUUAUUAAUUGAAUGAAAAUGGAAAAAAAAAAUGUAAACACUAAUAACAGAAACUGAUAUGUUACUUGUUUAAAGGCAAUAAAGUUAUUUGUCUGGCAACCUG